AUGGGGUUUUUGAAUAAACCUCAGGGGAUUUAUCAAACAAACAGAAAAUUUCAAAUCUGCAGAGCCGAGGCAGCGGCGGCGGCGGCUGCUGCUGCUGCUGCUGAUUUUUCUGAAAAUGAGUCGCCCAAAUUUAUGAAGAUUAUACCACUUGGCUUAAUGUUUUUCUGUAUACUUUUCAACUACACAAUUCUUAGAGACACGAAGGAUGUUUUGGUGGUGACUGCGAAAGGAUCUAGCGCUGAGAUUAUACCGUUCUUGAAGACGUGGGUGAAUUUGCCCAUGGCUGUUGGUUUUAUGCUGUUAUACACUAAAUUAGCCAACGUUUUGUCUAAGCGGGCUCUCUUCUACUCCGUUAUAGUUCCUUUUAUUGCCUUCUUUGGGGCUUUUGGGUUUGUUCUGUAUCCUCUCAGCCAUUACUUCCACCCCACAGCUCUUGCUGAUAAGCUUCUAGCCAUGCUUGGCCCGAGGUUCCAGGGGCCACUUGCAAUUAUAAGGAUAUGGAGUUUCUGUCUGUUCUAUGUGAUGGCCGAGCUCUGGGCAGCGUGCCGAACAGUGUGA